GUAUUUGUUAGUUUUGACAGCAAGCAAUCUCUAAUGGGCCAAUCACGCAAGCUCGCUCUGGGGAAAACUUUGAACCAGUCUAUCACGGCCCUUCACAUCACGUCGUCGUUCGCGCUAUUUUGAAAUUGUCUGUUUCGUUGUUUUCCGGUACUCUCAAACACUUAGUGGUCGGUGAGUGAAGUUUAUAUCGUCCAGCUAGUGUUUAAAAAUUGCGAAUGAAGCAGCUGGCAGUUAUCUGAUGAGAAACUGCGACAGAAUGUGGAAUUGCUCGCAACUUUAAACUUCAAUUUGAUUUUGAGCAUUAGCGGAUCUUGGAUCUUGGAUGGCAUUUCCUGGAUUGUAGACGUAAUUUGAGUCUGUUUCACUGGAAAGGGAAAGUGUUUUGCUUUUCAAAUAUAUUUUGAGUCGUACUUGAUUCAAAAAAUUGGGCCCUCAUUCCUGCUUUUUCGGAAAGAUUGACGGAUACAUGCAGUAAUACAAUUCAAGGCUGUAAGCUCAAUGUUACAGGAAUAUCACGUUUCAGUCGAACAACUGGGAUCUAUUACGGCGCACAUUUAAAAAAUUAGUCAUCAAUGAGGCCCCAGGUUUUUUCCACCAGUGUACAAAGAAACUUUAUUUCGUGUGGAAAGAAGGAAUAACUUCAUGCUACAAUGCACAUCCUGAUGUAUAAACUGAAAGACUUGUCGCUCGGGCGACUAGUUGCAUUCCUUCUGGUAUUUGGACUCGUGGUACCGCUAAUAACACAUUACUAUUUAGCUCAAGAGACUCGACAAAGUUUUCAGUCGCGAACGAUAAAGUUAGACCGACCCGCUGACAGGGCUGAUUCAAUUCUAGACAGGAUUGAUGAUUUGAAAUACGAAAUUGACGAGCUGAAGAGGAUCAAAUUGUCUCUGGGUAAUGAAUUACGAGAGCUGGAAGGUAAAAAGAACAGGAUUUUACGAAUCAUUUCCAAUUAUUCUAAAACAGCAGAAGCCUACAGGAGUCAAGCUGAACAUUAUCAGCGUGAUGUGGUUCGGGCACAAAGGGAACUUGAAUUAAUUAAACUUGCUAAAAGAAGGGCUAAUGACUGUCCAAUACUACCACAUUUAAAACUACCGCACAAGUUAGAUGUAGCAUAUUUAGAGAGCAGUGAUUUACUUCUUCAUCAAAGUACUGCAUCAAACUGUCACCUACACAACUGCUUUGAUUUCUCAAGGUGUCCAUUUGGCUCAGGUUUUCCAGUGUAUGUCUAUGAGCAGCCUUUCGGCCAGUUGUUGUCAGAUUCAAGUGGGAUGGAAAUUUUUCAGCUGUUAAAGGGAAAUCCCUAUUAUACUGUUGAACCUGAGAAAGCUUGCUUGUACAUAGUCAUUGUUGGAUCAAUCGAAGCAAGUCGGCAUUCAAAGAGUAAGAGUGAACUGGAGAAUGAUUUACACUUACUGCCUUACUGGAGAGGAAAUGGUAAAAAUCAUUUACUUCUCCACAUAAGAACAAGUGUAAGGGAUUCUACUAGUAUUCUCUCUCUGGGCAUUAACACAGGCCUUGCCUUAAUUGCUCAAUCAACAUUUUUCAAAGAUAGAACAUAUCGCUAUGGCUUUGAUAUUGUUGUACCACCAUCAAAUGGACCCAGCACUGGGGAUGUUUGGCAUCUUGCUGCUUUACACCUACCAGCUAGAAGAAAAUUUUUAUUAAGUUUUCAGGGUGUACAUAAAGAUCAUCUAACUAAUACAAUGACAAUUUUACGUGAUCAACUUCAUCAAAUCUCCAAAGAGGCCAGAGACUUGUUCAUUGAACUGUAUUUAUCAAAAUCUGAAUUCUUAAGCUCAGAGCAAAGUGGUGAUUGGUUAUUAUGGGGUAGCCAUGAAAACAGAUCAAAGAUACUGAGACAAUCAACUUUUGCUUUAAUAGUGGGAUCAAAUCAUGUUGGCUCAAGUUGGGACAAUAUACAAGUUAGACUGUUGGAAGCUUUACAGUUUGGAGCUAUACCAGUCAUAUUGUCCAAUGACUUUAUUUUACCUUUCCAUGAUAUGAUUGAUUGGCGGAAAGCAGCUAUCAUCCUGACUCAAGCUCGCCUACCAGAACUAAAUGUCUUACUUAGAACUAUAACAAAUGAAGAUAUCUUAAACCUUCGCCGUCAAGGAAGAUUCCUAUGGGAAACAUAUCUUUCAACAACUGAUGCUAUUUUGAAGACAGUGUUAGCCACCUUAAGAACACGCUUGUCAAUUCCUGCUGAUCCUGUGACUGCAUUGCCAACAGUGUCAGUUUUUGGUGAAUCUAAUCCACCACUAACAAGUCCUCCAGAUCCAGAUGCACUAAUAAGCUUACCACAAGUGUCUCCAACUUUCAUCAGGAAUCUAACAAUGACAAUUGUCGAUGCCUAUAAUGUAUGGAAUUACCCUCCGGGUUCAUUUAGAAUGUAUCCAAGUACACCCUUUGCUCCAGUCCUGCCAUCAUCAGCACCUUUCAAGAAUUCAAGCACUGAGUUUGAACUCAUUGGUGAUGGGAUGGGUGGGGCAGGUGUAGAGUUUAGUAAAGCUUUGGGAGGAAAUCAUCCAGUAGAACAGUUUACAGUGGUCAUCUUGACAUAUCAGAGGGAACUAGUACUUAUUGAAGCAGUUCAACGUCUUGUUGGGCUGCAGUAUCUUAAUAAAGUAGUAGUUGUGUGGAACAGUCCUGAGCCGCCAUCUUUGUCCCUUAGAUGGCCUGAUAUUGGGGUUCCAGUUCAUGUUGUUAAAGUAGCAAAGAACAGUUUGAACAAUCGAUUUAUUCCUUAUGAUGUUAUAGAAACAGAUGCUAUUUUUUCUAUUGAUGAUGAUGUAGAAAUGCGACCUGAUGAAAUACUCUUGGGAUUCAGAGUUUGGAGGGAAGCAAGAGAUCGUAUAGUAGGAUUCCCAGCACGUUUCCACGCUUGGGAUGCUCAGAACAAGCAGUGGCUGUACAGUUCAGAGUAUUCAUGUGAACUUUCUAUGAUACUCACUGGUGCAGCUUUCUACCACAAGUAUUUUGGUUAUUUAUAUACAAAUUGGAUGCCACAAAUUAUCAGAGACAAAGUUGACGAAUACAUGAAUUGCGAGGACCUUGCCAUGAAUUUCUUGGUCUCUCACAUCACAAGAAAACCUCCCAUAAAGGUGACUUCACGUUGGACUUUCUCCUGCCCAAACUGUCCUGUGUCACUGUGGAAUGAUAAAACUCACUUUGAGGAACGCAGCAAAUGUAUCAAUUUCUUUGUGAAGGUGUAUGGUUACAUGCCACUGCUGAGAACACAGUUUAGGGCUGAUUCUGUCCUAUUUAAAACCAGAAUUCCUAGUGACAAGUCAAAGUGUUUUAAAUAUGUUUAAAUUAUAAAUUAGCUAGGUCAGGGCAAAGGCUAGUGAGCAAUUCUACAAAAUUAUCACAGUAGUAAUGAAAGUGGAGACUAAGACCAUAAAAGAAACACAGAGGAGUCAUGUUCAGAAAAUAUAUGGGCAAAUUAAAAGAUGUAUUUUAUCAAAAAUUUUCUUGGAAACUUUAGUUAAAAUAAUGAUGCUUAGUUUGACUCCAAAAAAAAAAAUUAAAAAAAUGGCCCUUGAAGGGCUACCAUAUCCUUAUGGAUGUAAAAGGUUGAAACAGCAGCAAAACUAUUUUUUUAAGAUUAUAUUAAUUUGGGCACAGUUUUCAUUCAUUAUUAUUUUGCAUUGGGGAUUUUACUUAUGAUGGAGCUUAGAAUAUUCUUUUACCCAUUCAUUUUGUUGUUUAUAGUCUAAGGAACUAUUAUGUUUUUUGAAUUACCUAAGUUGCUACAGUAAAUGAAACACUUAAAACAAGAUUUUGCAUCCCUUGGGAAUAUGAACUAUGAGUUAAGUAUGACUAUAUUAUAAUAUUUGUCAGCAAAUCUUAUCAGUAAUCCAUUCAUCAAACAUGUUUAAACACUAGCCAGUGGAAAUUGAAUGUUAUUCAAAAUGUUUUUUGACCAGUAACCCAGAGGCCAAUAUGUGGAUUUGUUUUAUUAGCUUUUAAUUGUUAUUAUUUCUAAGACAUUUCUAUGAUACAAAAAUAGGUAAAAUAUAUAGAAGGCUAGAUUCAUAGUGUGGCAUGUUGAGUCAAUUGAGUUGUUAGUAUGUACCUUUCAACAUUACAUGGAAUAAGGGAAAAAACAAAAAAGAUCAGACUGAAAGAAGAUGUUGUUAUCAUCAUCAUUAUCAUCACAGCACAGCUGCUGUUUGACACUGGAAAGUUGCACCAUAUCAGCUUUUCCAAAAACUCACAAUAUUUCAUCCAUAUGACCAUGAAUUUCAAACAUGUUAAGUUGAGAGAUACAUACUUGUUGAGUUGGAGGGUUGGGUGUAGAAAAGGAAAAAACUAGGGAAAAAAGUUUGAAUUUUCAAUUUAUUUAUUAUGUUUAUUUUACAGAUUGUUUGUGAAGUAUGAACAAAUAAUUUGAAUAUAUUUCAUAUCUAAUAUAUAUAAAUUUUCAAUCCAGAUUUAAGAAAAAGUCCAUCCAUAUAUACAUGAGUGUGAAGAUUAUUUUUUUUAUGCUCCCACACCAAAAUAUGUAUCACUUGACAGAAGUGAGGGUAGAGUUGAAGAUUUUAGAUCCAGCUCAGUCAGUUACAAUGAAUUUUUGAUUAUGUUAUAUUUAACUUAAUAAAGAGAAAAUCUGAUUAGCUAAGA